AUGGUUCAACAGCAACAUACCGGUCACGAGCCGAAACGGGCGGCUCGAUCAUUUCUGACUCAUGGAGCGACAAGAGGAGGACGUGGAAAUUAUGGCGCUUCGUUCCGCACAUAUAGAGGACAAUCACGUGUUCCAGAAGAGGAUAUCAAAACGAAAGGAAAUCCUGAUCAAGUGAACGCCAGAAGCAAGCUGGCACCCGCUAAGACAAUCGAGCGUGUGCACAACCUGGCUGAACUUCUUCGCGAAUGUCGUGCUGAAAUCGGUACUCCGCAUCCAGAUCAACCUGGUCGUAUGAUUGUUUCAUUGGGUACAUUGAUGAAUAAAUUCAAAGAAGUUUAUGGGUUACCGGCGUGGGGGAAGAACAUGUCGGAGAGCGAACUUUACAAACAGAUCAGUGUUGAGAAAUAUUCUGGAGUGCUGAAAUUCUGGAGUCUUCGCGACGGUGGAGAUUAUUACGUCGAAGAUUGGAAUUCAAAACAUCUUUCUGUUUCUGAAGAUCAAAAAGCACCCGAAGAGCCGAUAGAAAACGAGAAAGUUAUAUCUGAAAGCCCGUCUGCUACUCUCCAGAAGAAUAUCAAUGAGACGACGAUUGCCGCCACCUCAACACACGACGAAACUGCCGCUGAUCGUUCGAUUGCUCUCGGUCUCGCUCUUGACAGCUCAUUCGAAGACUUCAGUACUAUCAGUGAAGGCUCUCCAGCAGCUAUGCUCAUAUCGAAGGCGGCAGAUGAUGGUUUCUUCGAAUCAGGACCCGGGUUUGGAGGGAAUCUUUCAACGCCACAAACUCAGCCAAAUUUGAACGUCACUUCUUCGAUGUCAGACCUCGGUCAACGUUUUGGCAACGUCUCUCUUGGAAGGACGCAACCGUUGAACGAAAACUCAGCCUCGUCAACCUCCGCAUCAAGAUCUGGAAGUCGUUUAGGAGGUGCUGUAUUGACAGGAAACAGACAGAAUAGUGGACAUGAAGUUCGUCAUCGGCAAAGUUCCUCUGUUCAACCAAUGCGCCCUGUUAGCUCGUCAUUCGGUCCUCGUGCAAUCAUUCCUCAAAACGGUUUGCAACUCCUUGUGAAAUAUGUGAAAAGUCGUGGAAGCACCAAAUAUGAAUCGUUACCCGAAGACGACCAAACGUUUGUCAAUUUCAACAGCCAGCUUUUCAAAGUUUACGCUAAUCAACCAGGAGAAAUGCUUGUUCGUCUUGUCAAUCCAUCGAUUGAUCCCGAGACUGUUAAAAUCUCGGAGACCAAUUUCCGUGAGCCUGUUGAAGCGGAUCUUCGUUGGAUGUCGGAAGUGAACAUGCAUGUCAAGCGUGGUCUUCUCGUCGUCAGACCGGUGAUGUUUGUGGCUCCUCGUGGAUUCCUGAUGGUUGCUUGCAAUACUAGUGAAGCAGACUUGGAAGGAGAAAAAUUGGGUAAAAUGGAGGAAUUGCUUCGUGGUGUAAUGACCGCACCACUUCAAGAACUUUCACGUCGCAAUGCUCGUCCAGGAAUGGCUGCUGUUUAUAUCUAUCGUCAAGGUGAAGAAGUUCGCUACUAUCGAGUUUUGCUCGUGGGACGAGCUCAACAGGGCGACGAUGUGUUGGCUCUAUUAGCUGAUCACAAUGAUCAACACAUGAUGGACGUGAAACUUUCAAUGCUGUAUGUGUUACCAGAGAAGGCCAGCUUCAGACGCUACGCUCCAAAUGUUUAUUUUGGAACAUUGUACGGAGUAAUGUCAUUGAGUCCCGUUGAGCAGGAGAAUAUGUGGAAGAACCUCGACGAUGAGGAUCGGAAGAAUUUUGUUGCAGCAUACAUCCCUCAAGAUGAAACGAAAAUUCUCAACAUUGAUAUGGUCUGGACAAACGAGAAUCGUCAGUAUGAAUGGCUGUCUCAACUCGCGAAACGACGUGGAGCAAUUCCUUCACCAGAUUCCAACUCUAAUCAUGUGACCAAGCAGCCAGAGGGGGCUCUCAAGAGAAUGGGAGAAGAUUGCUUUAUGGAAUUUUGCGACUUCACUCACCAACCACCUGAGGAACCCAACCCGCCAGCUCUUGUGAUUCAACAAACCCGCCAAUUGGUACCGGAAGCUACCAAAACUGUACAACCUGCUGCGAUAGUUCAGCCGACUUUCUUCAAUCCACGUCUCCUUAACAUGUAUGCGGUGUUCGAUGAACUGGUGGAGACAAACAAUGUGGUUGGAAUGGUUAAAAUGCUGGAAACCGUCAAGAUUAUUCGCAAUAUGAAGCAAUCGAAGAGCAACGACGACUGGAAAGAAUUGAUCAAUUACAUGAUUGACGCAGGACGUCGCAAAGGAAUUCAACUAGAACUAUAA